AUGCCAGUUCGAAGGAAGCUCGAUGUGGCCAUGGAGAAUGCAGGCAGGGAAGAAGAAAGGGCUAAGCUUACCAAUUCUCGAGAAGCAGAAGAAGCCGAAGAAACGCAAGCUUGACGAACUGGAGCAAAGAAAGAAAGCUUUGGAAGAAGAAAGCGCUAAGAAGCAGAAGGAGAUUGAAGAUGAAACAAAGCGUAUUCGUGCUGUGGGAGAAGCUGAGCGAAGAGCUAAGGAGCAAAGAGCCAAGCAGACUCCCAAAGUCAGUGCGAAGAGAGCCAAGGAGACUGAGAAUGCCUAUUCCGAGGCUUGUAGAGCUUUGGAGAACUCGCAAUCGGACUUUAUUGAAUCUCUUCAAAAGGUGCAGGACAGUGCACAACAGCUGCAGACGAGUAUGGCCUUGGCACUUGAACGUGCAAUCGAGCACCGGGAGGAACAGGCGAAGCACAGGUUGUAUACGUUGGCCAAACAGAAGACAACGAAGCCUGAAGUUCCGAAAGCCAAAGCCCGUCCUCAAGUGCCCGCUCGGAAAGCCGACCAGCUCCCAGCCUGGACCGUUUUGGGGUCGUCGAAAGAGUACUACGAGCUCAACGAUGACUUACAGAACCGCUUCGGAAUACGCCUUAUAUGGCGUGCCAGGGACUGCAAGGGCCGGAGCAAGGCGAUGGACGAAUGGCACUGCUACCCGGUCGGGAGAGGCCGGGCGGACAAGCAAGACCGAGAAGGUAACCCGUAUACCGUUCUCGGGUCGCUGCCACCCAGCAAGACGAUGUGCAGCGUAUGCUGGAACGAAGGCCACUGGAAGAACCAAUGCAAGGUACGGGAAUUGGUGUAUGAGCUUUGGGAGCCAGCGCUCACAGUACUUCAACCAAAGGAAAAGCUCAGGAAAUUCUUCCCGAUGCGUAACAUCGUCAUCGACAAGAACAAGGACGAAAAGGAUCAACACAGUAGGUAUUUUCCGGCAAUUUCCUUCGUCGACUAUGGCGCCAUCUCCUCGCAGAUCAGGGAUGCGAACAAGAAGUUUGCUGAAGCAAAACGCAAGCAUCCGGAUAUGUUCCCGGAGAUUGAACCCCCUACAGAGGAGCAGGGAGAAAGGUCAGUACCGUACGCUGUGUCGAAGAAGAUGGCUAAACCAGACCCUGUAUCGGAGGACAAGCCCGAGCAAGAUGCUACGAUGGAAACCCGGAAGUCUGCGCUUAUGGACAUGCAAGGUUCAGCCAAGCGGAGAAGGUCCAAAGUAUUGGACCAGGCCAAAAGCAGCGAAGUUGUCAACCUGGAGGAUGAUAGCCAGAAUGCCGAAAGUAAGAAGUCCAGUGGAAAAGGAAAGCAGAACAUCUGGACAGAAGCACCGUCUCUACCGCCAGGAUCAGGCGGACCCAGCAGUGGAACUGCCAUGGAAGCCACAACCUCCGAGAACAAGGAAAGUAAACCGAAUGCAUGGUAUUCGCUGGAGAAGAAAGGACCGAAGCCAUGGAUGCACAAGGAGCCGACGGACCUGGAGUACCCAACAUACCACCGAUGCCUGAAGAUGGACUAG